AUGACUACUAUCAUUUCACCUACUAGACCGGAUCUGAUCCGGUCGAUAGCUAAUCCGGGUUCGCUAGAGAUUAUCACUACUACUACCACAGCUCAUAGUGAAACCUCUACUUCCUCUACUAUAAUAGAGACCACAAAUAGUCUUUUGGAAAGGGAAAAGAUAGUUAUCAACAAAAGUUUGGAUGAUUAUUUCCAAUUAUCCAACUUAUCAAGAAAAAAAUUAGUCGAAUCCUCCAAUAUAAAUAAUUAUAAAAAGGAUUUCAAUCUAAGAAAAUUAGUAGGUCAUGCUAAUAUGUUGGAUAAGAUCAUGGACACUAUAGAUAAUUUAAAUCAAAGGAAAAAUGAAAUUGAAGAUUUGAUUGAAAUUCAAAUAAAUAAAACUUUGGAAUGCAGUUCCGGGGAUUACGAUUUUAAUUCUACAGAUAGUGAGGAUGAAGAAAAUCUUCUCACUUCCCCCAUUAAUGGAUCAGAUAAUGAUGAGGAAGAUGAUGAUAUGAACGUCGAAGAGUUAGUAGUCAAUGAGGAAAGUGAUGAAGAAUAUUUGAAUCAUCACCAUGGUCAACCAUUACUCUUUACUGCACUAAGCAUGGGUAUCGAUCGCCAAACAAUCUACAGCUCUGGAAUCAGACAUGAAGAUCAUUUAGAUGAAGAAAAUUAUACUUAUGCAAGAUUUAAUGACUAA